AUGUCAUCGUCACCAAAAUCCUCCCAUAAAAAAAAUCGCAACCAUUUAGCCCUUCAGAAAACCCUUGUCCAAAAUCAUCUUCAACCCCAGAAAAACUCUUCCUUUUCCCCCCGUUCGGACCACAUUUCUGAUUCCCACGAAAUUUUUCGUAGUAAUUUUGAUGAUAGUAAUGGUUUUGUUGGUUAUGUAAGUAGUAAUAGUGAAUCGAAUGGUUCCUGCCCGCAUUUAUUGGAGCUCCGAUCUAAACUUGGUCCCAACCCAUUUAGGAACCUACAGGGCUGCCUGAAAGUUCGCCCCCUCGGCCGUGCUUCCGUCCGUCGGGAACCGCCUCACGCGCUUGUUCAAUGUAGUGCGUGUAACGACAAUCCUCGGAGAUUGUUGGCAUGUAUCGCUUGCGCUGCUAUCUCCUGCCACCUUCACGCCCCGUCGCACGCGGCGGAUUUCGCGGAUGACGUCGGCGGCGGCGGCGAGGGCCCUUCUUCUCCGUCAUCCUCUCACGCCAUCGCGGUUGACGUUGACCGGGUGGAGCUGUUCUGUUGCAUCUGCAAUGACCAGGUUUACGACAUCGACUUCGAUGCCGCAGUCGUACUCGCCCAUUCCGUCGCCGCCUCGGCGGGCCCGAUCCAGGGCCCGGUUCCGAUUCCGCCCGCUCCGGCGGAGAAUCUCCGGAAACGGCGACGCGUGGAAUACAAACCGUGGAGUCCUGAUCCAAAUGAGCGAGCCCUGAUCGUGGAGAAGUCAAGCCCCUUACCGAGUCAGCCAAGCCGACACGGCAAGCCGGACGCAGAGCCUCCGUGGGGGCUCAGGGGCCUUAACAAUUUGGGGAACACUUGCUUUAUGAACUCGGUUUUGCAAGCAUUGCUUCACACCCCGCCAUUGAGGAAUUAUUUUUUGAGUGAUAAGCAUAAUCGCUAUUUUUGUCAGCAAAGAAACAAUUCAGUUGUUACUAGGAGUAAAGAUCAUAGUAGUAAAGAGAAUAUGGAAGCAGCAAGGUUGUGUUUGGCUUGUGAUUUGGAUGCUCUGUUUUCUGCUGUAUUUUCCGGAGAUCGGACUCCAUAUAGCCCUGCAAAGUUGCUACACAGUUGGUGGAAGCAUGCAUCAAAUCUUGCAAGUUAUGAGCAGCAAGAUGCACAUGAGUUUUUCAUCUCCAUGCUUGAUGGGAUUCAUGAGAAGUUACAAAAGGACAAGCGGAAGCUCCAGAGUCAAGGCAGUGGAGAUUGCUGUAUUGCUCAUAAGGUGUUUUCAGGCAUCUUGAGGUCUGAUGUUAUGUGUACAGCUUGUGGGUUCACAUCCACAACGUAUGAUCCAUUCAUUGACAUCUCACUGGACUUGGAACAAAACAGUGAGGGCUCUGCAAAAUUGGCAUCUGGAAAAUCUAAUCAUGCCAGCAAUGGUGAGGCGGGCUCCAAGAAUAGUAGCCAGAGCUCUGGAGUUUCUACCUUGAUGGGUUGCUUAGAUCGAUUUACAAGACCUGAAAGAUUAGGAUCGGACCAAAAAUUUUUCUGCCAGAAGUGUCAAGUCAGACAGGAAUCUCUGAAGCAGAUGUCCAUUCGAAAACUUCCUUUGGUCUCUUGCUUCCACAUUAAAAGAUUCGAGCAUUCUCAUGUUAAAAAGAUGUCGAAAAAGGUUGACCGCUAUCUUCAGUUUCCCUUUUCCUUGGACAUGUCAACUUACCUCUCUUCAUCAAUCUUGAGAAGUCGGUUUGGAGAGAGGAUGUUCAGUUUUGAUGGUGAAGAUGCGGCUGCUUCAUGUGAAUUGUCCUCGGAGUUUGAGUUGUUUGCUGUCAUCACUCACUCUGGUAAACUUGAUGCUGGUCACUAUGUAACAUAUUUGAGAUUGAGUAACCAGUGGUACAAGUGUGAUGAUGCAUGGAUAACUCGGGUUAAUGACGACAUUGUCAGAGCUGCACAAGGUUAUAUGAUAUUUUACGUGCAGAAAAUGUUGUACUACAAGGCAAGUGAAAGGCAAGGUGAAUUCGAAGAAACGGUAAAAAUCUGGACGAUUGCUGCUGACACCUUGAGUUCCCCAUCAGGAAACAUGAUGAGCCUCAAGGAUUGGGUUUCAUCUCAGCUUCUAUCCAGGUCAUUAGCCACAUCUAGGCCAUUGUCAGCGGCUGACAGCUUCUUAUCAGAGGGGUCUCCUGACGAAGAUUUUCACAAUGAAGUUCACACUUCCGAUCCAAGAGCAGUGCUUGUUACUCCUGAUUCAUGUCGCCAUUCCAGUACCCGAAACAAUCAGGAAAAUCUGAAUCACGUCUCUUAUACAACUGGUUAUGGUCCUGAAGAUCGAGAACAGUUCAAUACACAGGAAGUCAAUGGUGAGAAUCCUUCACGGAGUGAUUAUGAAGAUGAGAAAACCUUGGAUCCUUUGGGAAAGAUUGAAUGUCUUCAGAUUAAAUUCUUGCGUCUUCUUAAAAGAUUUGGCUUAUCACAGGAUAACCUACUAGUAUCCAAGGUAUUAUACCGAAUUCAACUGGCAACUUUGAUACGAGCUGGUGACUCUGAUCUUAAAAGGGCUAAUCUAAGAAGUGAUAAGGCUCAGCAAAUUGCUGAAGAAAGAGAAGUAUCUGGUUUUCCUGAGCUUGAUUUUUCUGUUAGAAUUCUUCUACUGGGCAGAAGUGGUGUUGGGAAGAGUUCUACCAUAAAUUCCAUAUUCAAUCAAAUGAAGGCUGCGACAGAUGCUUUUCAACCUUCUACUGAUCACAUUCAGGAGGUUGUGGGAACUGUGAAUGGUAUUCAAAUAUCCUUCAUCGACACUCCUGGUCUGCUGCCUUUCUCGCCAAGUUCUGUCAGGAAAAAUCGGAAAAUACUGCAUUCUGUGAAGAGAUUUAUAAGAAAAUCUCCUCCAGACAUCAUAUUGUAUUUUGAACGUUUGGACUUGAUCAAUACGGGUUAUAGUGAUUUCCCAUUGCUAAAGCUUGUGAGCGAGGUCUUUGGUCCGGCAAUCUGGUUCAACACAAUGAUUGCCAUGACUCAUGCGUCUUCAUCGCUUCCUGAAGGUCCUGAUGGGUAUCCUGUCAUCUAUGAUUCUUUCAUUGCUCGAUGUACAGAUUUGUUGCAACACUACAUUCACCAAUCAGUGUCAGAUGCUAAACUUGAGAAUCCUGUAGUCUUGGUAGAGAACCAUACGCAUUGCCGGACAAAUAUCAGGGGAGAGAAAGUUCUUCCGAAUGGACAGGUUUGGAAGGACCAGUUCUUUUUAUUAUGCUUAUGCACCAAAGUUUUGGGUGAGGUUAACAGUCUCCUGGAAUUUGAAGACGGGAUGCAGUUGGGACCCUUGAAUCGUAAUAGAGUGGCUUCACUUCCUCAUCUUCUCACUGCUUUCCUUAAGCACCACACUCGAUUGAAUCUACAUGAAGCUGAUGACACAGUCGAAGACUUUCUUCUCUUAGACUCAGAGGAAGAAGAUGAGUAUGAUCAACUGCCUCCAAUCCGUAUUUUAAAAAAAGCUCAAUUCCAUAAAUUGAAUGACUCGCAAAAGAAGCAAUAUCUAGAUGAGUUAGAUUACAGGGAAACUCUCUAUUUAAAAAAGCAGAUGCGAGACGAAAUCCGCAGAAAAAAAGAAAGACUUUUUGAUGAUGAGAAUUUGGCCUCUGACAUUCACCCCAGUGAUCAAGAGGUGGCACCAGAACCUGUUCUCUUGCCCGAUAUGGCUGUUCCUCCUAGUUUUGACUCUGAUAAUCCGGUCCAUCGAUAUCGCUGCCUAGUUACAGAUGAUCAGUGGCUUGCAAGACCAGUUCUGGAUCCUAAUGGAUGGGAUCAUGAUGUGGGCUUUGACGGAAUCAACCUGGAGACAGCUGUAGAAAUAAGGAAAAAUGUUUUCACUUGUGUUACUGGCCAAAUGAGCAAAGAUAAGCAAGAUUUCAGUGUUCAAUCAGAAUGUGCUGCAGCUUUUAUGGAUCCCAAGGGACCCACAUACAGUGUAGCUAUUGAUGCUCAAUCUGGUGGAAAAGAAUUAAUGUGUACUGUACACAGCAACAUAAAGCUAAGGAACCUAAAGUACAACCUUACUGAUUGUGGAGUUUGUGUCACAUCGUUUGGGAACCAGAAAUUUUUCGGUGCUAAGAUCGAAGACAGCAUCUUAAUAGGGAAGAGGAUGAAGUUAUCUGUUAAUGCUGGUCAGAUGCGUGGUGGUGGGCAAGUGGCUUAUGGUGGUAGUCUUGAAGCGACUUUGAGAGGCAGAGACUAUCCUGUGAGAAAUGAGAAGGUUAGUUUCACAAUGACAUUUCUUUCUUUGGACAAAGAUACAGUGUUCGGUGCAAAUUUGCAAUCAGACUUCAGAUUGAGGCGUGAUACAAAAAUGUCUGUGAAUGCUAAUAUCAAUACACGGAGAAUGGGUCAAGUCAGUAUAAAGACUGCUAGCUCGGAGUGCAUGGAAAUAGCUAUAAUUGCAGCAGUCUCAGUUAUUGGAACUCUGCUGCGGAGAAAGCCCAAUGCUACGACCUAG